UUGCAGUCUAACGGCAUCACCCGCAUCACGGCACGUCGAUCGGCAGUCGUGAUCGUGAUCGACGCCACAUCGGCGCUUUAACCAUGCACGGUUCACGACGUGACGGUGUGUAUGUACGGUGUGAUGUGCACGAGCGAUCACGGUGCUCGCGGGACCAUGAAGGUACCUGAGCGCGAUCCAAAUGAUCCAAUUCGAUUCAGUAAUUCGGUUCGAUUCGACGGCGACGGUGCGUCCUCGACGGAGGCGUCGCGUCGCGUCGUAUGUGUUUCGGAGGAGACGAUUCGGACGAUUCUUUUUGGAAAGCGCGGCUUUGGUGUAUACGGCGGGCGCGAAUCUCGUUCAUCGAAAUCUCAAACGGAACGUUCCAUUCGUUUUGGAAAUUAUCCAACUAUCUGCCCAUCGCGACGGGAGCCGAAAAACAAAAGCCUCCGGACGUCCGGGUAUCUUCCCGAGCUUGUCGUUACGUAACGACGAGUUCCCCGCGCAGGUCGAGGAACGUCAGGCACUCCGUCAGCGACGUUCGAGAGAGAGAGAGAAAGGGAGCGCGAUACGUCGUUCGCAGUUCGCUCAAUAUAGAUUGCGCCGGUAGAUCAAAAGCCGCGGUGCAUCCCGUCAUCACUCUCCCACCGUGAUCAUUUUCGCGCGCGCGAUAUACCGUCUCGCGGGAUGUGAAUCGGGGUGGUUAUCGUCGACCCGCGGCCGUCGCGACGCGACCGCACCGCGGCACACGUCCGCGUCGGCGUCGCGCAUCCGCAGCUGCAUACAGCUGCAUAGCGCAUACAGGCCAAUACAGUACUUAACUGUAGCUGAGUAGCAGUUCCAGCCUUCCAGCACGUGCACGUGCAUCGCGCGCGCGAAUUCGGUGCUACCGCGAGCGCCGCGAAUUCGCUCGCUCGCACGCACGCUCGAAUCGCGGCUCGCGUGGGUCGGCUGGCGGCUGGCGCUGUGGCCAGUCAGUUGGUCGGUCGGUCGGUCGGUCGGUUGGUCAGGCAACAAAGCAACAAAGCCAGCCGCGGGAGCGCCAGUCAACAACCGAGCACGCGGCAGCGAGCAUCGCCGAAAUGGAGAUGCACGUCGACGGCCGAGCGACGGCGGCGGCGGCAGCGGCGGCGACGACGACGAUGACGGAGGCCGCCAACGACGAGGACGAGCACCCGCGCCGACGAGGAUCGAUCGCCGUCACGUGGGCCCGCUGCAAGGAGCUGCUGCUCGACUUUCACUUCAAUUCCGACCGGAUAUUUCACCGGAUCGGAUUAAGUAUAGCCACAAAACCAUGGCUUUGGCUAAUAAUUUCUCUAUGCCUAAAUCUCAUAUGUGGUCUCGGACUGUUACUCUGGAGGGAGGAGAUUGACGAAGUCGAACUCUAUAUACCAAUCGGUUCUGUACUUCGCAAGGAUGCUGCAUGGGUGAAGGAGAAUUUCCGAGACGAUCUCAGGCCCGAAAGUCUCAUCAUCACUGCUCCCAACGUGCUGGAUCCCGAAGUGCUGCGAUCGAUUAGAGAUAUCGAGAGAGAUGUGAAGAACAUAGUAGCAAAUAAUAACACUUGGGAAGAUGUGUGUGCGGGGUAUUUUACAUGGUUCCAAGAAGAUGAUAAGUGGGAAACCAUGGAUAAAACUGAGUUUCCCGAUGAGUAUCUGCCUAUUAUAAAUAGUACGAUGGCGAAAGAACCCUGUAUUCAUAAAUCGCUCCUGAAAAUAUGGCAAAAAAACCAUAGGAAUGUCGCUAAAUUGACAAAGGCUAGCAUACUGAAGGAUGUUACCGCAACUCUACAAAAUAAGAAUACCAAAGACAUAUUAUCUGACAUCGCACCGUUAUUAGGCGGCGUCGAAUACGACCAGAAUGGGUCGGUAAAGAGCGCGAGCGCGACGAUUCUAUACUGGUUGCUGAAGAAGUCAAAUCCGCACUCACCGGAUUGGGAGGUCGAGUUCAUCAAGAGGGUACUGCACUGCAAUCGUACCUUGCCACCGGGCAUGGAGAUCUAUGCGAUGACGCUACGCAGUUAUCAGGACAUGCUGCACGAAGUGAUCAAUAGUAAUUUGAUUGUGUGUGUCUGUGGCAUAUUAUUGAUCAUGAUCUACGUGAUUGUGAUGAUCGGCCGGUGCAACGCGAUACAGCAACGGAUAUACCUAUCUUUCAUGGGUAUCUUCGUGGUUGGCCAGGCUCUAAUGUCGUCUUAUGGAGUGUGUUUCUACAUGGGAUUUUCCUACGGUCCAGUGCAUCCGAUCCUGCCAUUUUUACUGCUUGGUAUCGGCGUCGACGAUAUGUUCAUUAUCAUGCAAAGUCUCGAAAAUACAUUGGAGACGGAGAAGUCGUUAGACGUCCCCACCCGUAUAGCAAAGUCGAUUCAAGUAUCAGGUAUGUCCAUUACCGUAACGUCGCUCACCAACAUGACGGCUUUCGCCAUCGGCAUGACGACAGUGAUGCCGUUCCUGAAAUCCUUCUGUAUAUUUGCCGCAAUGGGUAUAUUAUUCCUCUACAUCUACGAGAUUAUAUUUUUCGUCAGUUGUCUGGUAUACGACGAGAGGCGAUUGGCGGCGAAAAGGGAAGGCUGCUGUUGGCGGCCGCGACCCAAUUGGCGACCGAACGAGUGCAGCAAACAAAACUUUCAGCGACUUAUUUUUGAGAAAUACAUUGGGCCUUGUGUGAUGAGAAUAUGGAUGAAGACGAUUAUCUUGUUAGCCACUGCUAUUCUGCUAGUUGUCAACAUUUGGGCGAUAUUUCACUUGGAGCAGAACUUUGAUCCGUUCAUCUAUUUAAAUCAAGAGUCUUAUCCUAUACGAUUUAACAACAAGUUGAAGGAAUAUUUUCCAAAGUAUGGCAAGAAUGUCAACAUAUACCUGACAGGAGUGGACUAUUACGAGGAUCGUCGUGCAUUGUCCCAGCUGGUGCAGAAUCUGAGGCAAAAUCCGUAUGUCAAUAAUCGUACCCUGGACCCAUGGUUUACGGCGUAUCAGGAAUGGCUGGACACUACUGGCAAAGCGCAUUAUAUUGAUAAUAAAGACGAAUAUUAUAACACACUCACGGAAUUUCUCCUGUUCACGGUGAAGGGCCAAGCGUACAUCCAGAAUAUGAAAUUCGAUAAGUUGCCAUUUAACGACUACAAUAUCACAACAUCGCAGAUUCCAGUGCAACACAUUCCUAUAAGCACGUCGUCCGAUCAAAUACGGGCUAUGCAUUCUAUGAGGGACGCCGUGCAAUCGGUGAACUUUACUCAGGGAUACGAUCACAUCGCUUUUUAUUCGUUGGAUUACAUAGCAUGGGAGUCAAAUAAGAUCAUCGGCGAAGAAUUGAUGAGGAACUUGAGCUUAGAGAUAUUGGCGGUAGGAAUAGUAACGCUGGUGCUACUUAGGAAUCUACUCGCAUCAUUUUGGGUGAUGUGCUGCGUGCUGUUCACGCUCAUCGAUCUUUUAGGCUCGAUGUACUUUCUGGGGCUGACUGUCGAAAUAUCAUCAACCAUUAUGAUCCUAUUGUGCGCCGGAUUGGCAGUCGAUUAUGCCGCGCAUGUGGCACUAGAAUUCAUACGCUCGAGCGGCAAUAAACGAGAACGAGCACUAGCGACGUUUAACGUCAUUGGACCGGCGGUGUUUAACGGUGGCCUAAGUACAUUCCUCGCCUUCUUCCUCUUGGGUUUCAGUCAGGCUUACGUUUUCACAGCUUUUUUUAAGCUGAUCACGGCCGUAGUGACGUUUGGUUUGUUUCACGGAUUAUUAUUUCUGCCGGUGAUACUGAGCUUGGCGGGACCCGGUGAGAGAAAACAAAACAGCCCGCAAAAGAGUCAAGCUAUGCAAUAUCACAACGGUUAUUAUACCGUCCAUCUAUCCCAAAAUGGGAAAGGUAGCACCUUUAACAUUUUAAUGUUACAAUACGCAAUUUUUGCGAGAUAAAUGAGAACAGAAGUUUAUUUUUUAUUUAUCGUUUACAGAUCUAGAAGACGCACUUACUAAAUGACAUUUAGCAAUAUUUCAGAAGGCUGUUUAGGUAAAAAUUUAUAUUUUUGUAGAUAAUUGUAGCGCUGAAAUUCGUAUGACUGUGGAACGAAUGUGCGUAUAUCACACGCGCCUGUCCUUUUUUUCCUUUCCGUCUUUCCAUUCUUUUAUAUAUACAUAAAAAAAAAUCGCUAAAUAAAGAUAUCUUUCAUAUAAAA